AUGGCUAGUGGACCAGAUAUGUAUGCUACAGGUUCGUCUAGAAAUACUGACUAUUCCCAUAUAUCCAGAAGACGUCAGGAUACUGAUAAUGACCAAAACGAUCUAAAUGAUAGCGAGUUGGAAGACAUAAUUAACAAGACAUCCAGCUUGAAAUUGAAUCAAAAAGAGACCAAUUCUAGGGACUUAUCGAGUAUAUUUAUAAAUUUAAUCAAUCCACUUAUAUUGACAGCUCUUUCGGCAUUCGUUCGAUUGUAUAAGAUUGAGGCAGCGAACACGGUGGUCUGGGAUGAAGCCCAUUUUGGGAAGUUUGGAUCGUACUAUUUAAAAAGGGAGUUUUAUUUUGAUGUGCAUCCGCCGUUAGGCAAAUUAUUAGUGGGGCUUUCGGGAUACUUAGCAGAUUACAAUGGUGAGUUCGAUUUCGAAAGUAGUGAUCCAUUCCCAGAUAAUUGUAAUUAUGUAUUGAUGAGAUGCUUCAAUUGCGCAUUUGGUAUAUUAUGUACUCCUAUUGCGUAUAAGACGGCAGUGGCAUUAGGUUAUAGUCAAUUGACUGUGUGGUUUAUUUCAUUACUGGUUAUUUUUGAAAUGAUAUCUUUGACGUUAUCCAAAUUCAUCUUGUUAGAUUCCAUGCUCUUAUUCUUUACUGUCUUAUGUUUCUAUUGUCUAGUUAACAUACACAAUUUAAGAAUUAGAAAUGAACUAUUGACAAGUAAAGGAUUGAGAUGGUUAUUGUUCACUGGUAUAUCUAUUGGAUGCGUUUGUUCUGUGAAAUGGGUUGGUUUGUUUGUUACAGUAUUAAUUGGGUUAUAUGUUAUUUACGAUUUAUUGAUCAGAACUUACCAAUUGACAAGCAAAAGGUUCCCAAUUUCUCUCAAGAGUUACUUAACUCAUUGGCUUUCAAGAAUUAUAACAUUGAUCCUCGUACCCUUUGUUAUUUACUUAGCUUGUUUCAAGGUUCAUUUUGCUGUCUUAAAAAAGUCGGGAACUGGAGACGGGUCAAUUUCUACAUUAUUUCAGGGUUCCCUAGAGGGUAAUGCUAUUCAGAAUGGGCCAAGGUCAGUUGCAUAUGGAUCUUUGAUCACAUUAAGAUCGCAGGGGUUAUCGCCAAAUUUACUCCAUUCACAUCCUCAUGUAUAUCCUGAAGGAUCUCAUCAACAACAAAUUACUACUUAUGGGUAUAAGGAUGAUAAUAACGAAUUUCUUGUAGAAUUUGACUUGGAAUCUGGUUUAAGAGGUGAAUUUGCAACUUUUGAACCUGAAAACAACGAAUCAUAUCCUCUUGAUAAGUUAGUUCACGAUGGUGAUGUCAUUAGAUUAGUCCACAAAAACUCCGGAUGCUUAUUACAUUCUCACCCAAUUAUGUCCUCUAUACUGUCGUCGCACUAUGAAGUUUCAUGCUAUGCAAGCUUAGAUGACAGUGACGUUAAAGAUGAAUGGGUGGUUGAACUUCAAUCGCAAGAAUUGUCACCUUCUAAAGAUUUUCAGAAUGAAGAUCCAAAGGAAUUGCACCCUAUUUCGACUAAUUUUAGAUUAAGACAUAAAGUUAUGGGUUGUUAUUUGGCGACUACUGGUUUCUCAUAUCCACCUUGGGGUUUUCAACAAGGAGAAGUAGUUUGUAAGACAUCUCUUUUCCAGACGGAGAAGAGCACCUGGUGGAAUGUUGAGGAUCAUAUUAAUGGCAAAUUGCCUGCUCCAGAAAAGCUCUACGUACCUCCACCCCCUAAAUUUUGGAAAGAAUUCAUCUUGUUGAAUUAUGGUAUGAUGGCCUCAAAUAACGCAUUAAUUCCAGACCCUGACAAAUUUGACAGAUUAUCUUCCGAAUGGUGGGAGUGGCCAAUAUUAAAUUCUGGGUUGAGAAUGUGUGGUUGGACUUCAAAUGAAGUCAAGUACUUCUUAAUUGGACAUCCUUUUAUCACAUGGUUUAGCACUUUGAAUUUAAUCUUAUUUGUUGGAUACAUAAUUGUUCAAUUAUGGAGAUGGCAAAGACAGAAACUUUACUUUCCCAAGGGGGUUUUUGAUAUGCAAUGGGAAAAUUUGAUUGUUCAAGGGGUUACUCCGUUUGUUGGAUGGGUUUUACACUAUGUUCCAUUCAUUUUAAUGGGAAGAGUCACCUAUUUGCAUCAUUACGUACCAGCCUUAUAUUUUGCUAUUUUUAUAAGUGGAUUCAUGAUGGAAUCGAUUAUUCACCGUCAUGCCAAUAGGUACGUCUCUUAUCUUUUAUAUGGUAUUAGUUAUCUUCUUAUUCUUGGGGUUUUUUGGUAUUUGAAAGAUUUGGCUUUAGGAAUGGAAGGAUCGUCGUCAAAAUUCAGGCAUCUUAAGCUUUUGUCUAGUUGGAUGGUUUGA